AUGCGUGAUUCGGAGGACUACGAGAUGAGAGCCGCUAUCGAGGCUUCGCGCCGGGAGAUGGAGCUCUCUCAGCAACGCGCCAAGUCAUCUGAAGCAUCCAACUUCGUGGAUCUGACUGAAGACUCCGAUAAUGACUCGGAAAUAAGAGAGGAAUUUACCAAGUCCAAGUCUGUGGUCAAUUCUGAUACGGAAGACGAUCAGGAUGAUGACGAGCUCCAACGCGCUCUCGCUUUGUCCUUAGCGAUGGACAACACCGAAGCCAAGGGAAAAGCUCCCGAAGACGAAACCGACGACAUGACCUCUAUUGCUCCCCAGGCUACCAUUUCCUCGGCGGGACUGGCUGGGCUCGACCGCAAGCAGAUGGAGCAGGAACGUCUCGCUCGUCUUGCUAAGCGCAAGGCCGCCGACAAUACAGGCUCUCCGGAAGCUCAACCGAGUCAAAAGCUUAUCAAAGUUGAGCCCGUGUCAACGAAGUCUCUUUCAGCACGCCCAUCAGAUUCUUCUCAGCAGUGUCCUAUGCAAGGUUCAAGUUCGGCGAAUGGUAUUCCCAAAGAACGCACCUAUGUCUGUCCACAGACUGCAGCGAAUGCACCUGGUCUGGAUAUCCAGCCAACUGCCCGACCAAUGAUCCAAUGGCCUCUGGGAGCAGUCAAGAAAACAUCUCUCGAGGGCUUUCCCCGCCAGGAAAAUGACAUCACUAUCGAAGAGGUUAUCCAACGUGGCGAGCUAGAGCUUGCUGUCUUCAGCUCGUUUUUGUGGGAUAUAGAAUGGCUCUUCACCAAACUUGACAUACAGAGAACUAGGUUCAUGCUGGUCAUGCAGGCGAACGACCAAUCUGUGCGAGACCAAUACAUCGCAGAGACUGCUGAGAUCAAGAACGUUCGUCUGUGUUUCCCCCCCAUGGGUGGGCAGGUUUUUUGUAUGCACUCCAAGCUCAUGAUGUUCUUUCAUACCACCUACCUUCGAAUUGCAAUUCCCACUGCAAACCUUACCUCGUUCGACUGGGGCAGUCACAGUCUGAUGGAAAACACUGUUUUCCUUAUUGAUCUGCCCAAGAUCGGGACCUCCACCCAGAAAUCAAAGACUUCCUUCUAUGAAGAACUGGUGUACUUCCUUGGGGCCACUACGCUUCACCGCAACGUGAUCAAGAAAUUGGAUGAGUAUGACUUCAGUGAAACGGCGCGUUAUGCAUUCAUUCAUACAAUGAGAAGUGGCGGAGCCAAUACCGGAGAAUCGUGGCGACGAACGGGUUACUGUGGCCUAGGUCGCGCUCUGACAACCCUUGGGCUCAUUUCAACCUCGCCGGUAAACAUUGAUUAUGUGGUGAGCUUUCUUGUUCUUAACUCUUCUAGGCACUUAGAUACUUACGUGAUCACCAGACCUCGUCUAUGGGAAGUCUCAACACUAGCUUCCUGCGAUCAAUCUACCUCGCUUGCAAAGGCAUGUGAGGAUGGUGUACUGGAUUACACUCUCCGCACAAAGCCCACCAAAUCAGAGGCUGCAUCUCACACAAAGCUUGUGAAAGACACCAACAAAGAAUGCCUAGACCGUUUCCGCAUCUACUUUCCAUCUGACCAGACCGUGCGAGCGUCACACCAAAAUCCCGAAAACACUGCGGGCACAAUUUGCUUUAAUCCGAAAUGGUGGAUGAAUGAUGAUUUCCCUCGACGCUCACUGAGAGAUUGCGAGAGCUUGAGGGGAGCUCUUAUGCAUAACAAGCUUGCCUUCGUCCAUCCUUCCAAGCCAAUCCCUCUGCCGAACAACAACGAAUGCCGGGGUUGGGCUUACGUCGGUAGUGCGAACUUGUCAGAGAGUGCUUGGGGCCGUCUGACCAAGGAAAGCAAGAGCGGGCAGUUCAAGAUGAACUGCCGCAACUGGGAAUGCGGGGUGAUCAUCCCAGUUAUCAACAAGAGCACUGAUUCAAAGGACAACUUGGAAAAGACAGAGAAGGGCAAGGGCAAGGGAAAAGCGCCAGAGGCUUCUGAGAACGAUGAUGCUCCUGCUCCCCUGCCAGUGAACCUGUUCCAGGAUACAAUCCCCAUUCCCAUGAAGGUCCCUGCCGUUGAGUUGAACCAAAAUCGGAAGCCCUUUAUGUAUAGUGCUUGA